AUUGUUCGGAUUGCAAAAAUAAUCUAUAUGUUAAAUUAGUUCGGAAUUUAUAAGAACAUAUAAUUUAUGCAUUAUUGCAAGGCAUUUAAACGCGGUUUCAAGCAGUGAAAUAUGGUAUAAUUUAACUUCUGAUCCAAUGUAUUGAUUACUUUCUUCAUCGUCUAACUGAUAUCAGAUAGAUAAAAGCUAUGAAAUAUGGUGGACUGAAUAAAUAUAUUUCCAUAUUUUGAUACUUAUACCCGCAUUAAAUGUAAAUGACAACAUACGGAUAGAAAUAAGUUAAGAAAUUGAUGAAACGAAUCGAUAGCUCUUCCAUUCUAUAAUGAAAUUUUUUAUUAGCACAUCUAGUGCCAUCCUACCAUGGAACGUAGAUGUAAUCUCCAAACCGCUCACGGGGCGUGUUACUUUUGGAAUACUUAAUAGGUAUCCUAUGGUCCACGUUUCCAAUCUCAUUUCGAUCUACAGAAUGCUAACUAUCUAACACUUCACCAUCGGAAAUUUCAAAUCUUUUUCUGUUAAUCACCUUUCAAUCAUAUUCUUUAUCUUCAGUCUUUCUUUUUAUCUCUAAUAGUGCUAUUAUUAUGACUCAUUUGGUAACUUGAUAUUUCUGUGACAAAAGGGUGUGGCAACGUGAACUGGUUCAGGUCAUUCUCAAGUUUAACAUCGGUUAUGACUGACUAACUCUUAAUUAUUUAGCCACAUGAAUGAUCAUGGAACCUUUAGCGAACAUGAAUCAAAGACGAACAAAAUACUACAAGUCUGUUCGAUUCAAAACUAUGUUCCAUUUCAUUACUGGCAUCUGACAGAAAUAAUGUCCCCAGUUUUAUUCAUGGUAAUGUUUUAAAUCAAGAAAAAGGAUAUGGUUAUUUAACAUUCAAUGGAACAUUAUAUCAUCUUGCUAAAAGUUUUGGUAGUUUAGAAGCUAGAACAGGAUUUUAUCAUUUGAGAAUAAUAGCUGAAGAUUGUUCGAAUCCACCAAAGUCAACAAAAUCAUGGCCAAUUACAUUUGAACAUAUCCAAUCGGAUUUACCAAUUUGGUCUAAAACAAAAUAUACAUUUGAAAUAGAUUCAUUACAUAGACCAGGUUAUGAAGUUGGCAAAGUGACAGCAUACACAUCAGAUAUAAAUAUGACAGAAAAUAAUAAUUUUUUAUACGGUGACGAUACUGGUAUGUGCGCCUAUACAAUACAAGAUCCAAGUUAUUCAUUCGCAAUCAACGGGCACGGUGUCAUUCGAUCUUUGAUAAGAUUUAAUAAUCAUACAGAUAUGUUGUAUGAAUUCAAUGUAACUGGAUUUGAUUGUCAUCUUCCAAUACCGUACAGUUCUACAGUGCCGGUAACAGUUUAUGUAAAAGCAAUGUGUGUAUCACAAUGGAAUGGUAUCCCUAAAGAAAUUGAGUACUCGGCAUUAUCAAAUCCAUAUCCAUUUGCAUCGAAUGCAAAAUUUUCAAUUUGUCCACAAAGAAAUAACAAUUUCACUAAUCUUAUUGGUACUGAUAAUGAUGACAUAUCUGAUGGUAAAGCUGAUGAUUUAGACGAAGUAAUCACUGAAUAUGAUUAUUGUCCAAUAGAACAAGUGACAUUACGUAUGAAAAUUUUAUGGAGUAAAGAAGAUAUUAUUAUUCAUGAUGAUCAAACUAAUCAACCAUCUCCAUCGUUAUCGGCAGCAACAACAACAUCUUCAGAAUGUGAUUUGGAUUAUUAUUCAUUACUGGCUAACCGUAAAACAUGCAUUCUUUCAUCUCAAAGUAAAAUCAUCGACCUGUUACCAGAUGAACGACACCAAUCAAAUGAUGAUAUCAAUUUACCUAUUGUUGAAACUAUUCAAGGAAUAAAUGAAUUACCUAAAUAUAAUAAUAAAAAAUCUUAUCCAUCUAAUAUUUAUUAUUUUAAUGGUUCAAUGUAUUAUGAUAUAAAUAAAUAUCAUAAAUUUCAUAAAUUACACCAUUUUGAUAAUCAAUUAUUUACAAUAAAUUUUUGGAUGAAGCAUUCAUCAAUAUUCAAUAGAAAUAAUGAAAAAAAUUUACGAGAGAAUAUUUUAUGUAGUUCAGAUGAAUAUGAAAAGAAUCGGCAUCAUUUUGCUGUGUUUCUGCACAAUUGUAAACUGGUUGUGCUGAUACGUCGUGAACCGACCAAUGAAUCCAUCCUAUCAUCCGAUUCGUCUCAACUACUUCCAUCUCAAUGGCGUUUCGAUGUCGAUGAAGUAUGCGAUUCGAAUUGGCACCAUUAUUCGUUGACCUAUCGUCCACCAGAAACGACAGUUGUAAAUGGACAAAAGACCCUGGGAUCCAACUCAGAAAGUGAUAUUGAAUUACAAUUAUAUUUGGACGGACGAUUAGUACCAAAUAAUCCUGAACUAGUGCAAAUUGCUGAAAAUAUGCCUAUGGUACAUUUAUCUGUUAAAAAUCAUGAAUUUGUUCGUACUUCAGUUGGUGCUUGUUGGCAUGGACGUAGUGCUCAAUUUGCUCAACAUUUUGUCGGUUAUCUUGCUGGUUUAACUUAUACAAAUGGAUAUAUUCAAUCGGAUGAGGAAAUACUUUGUCUGACCAAUUGUGAACCACGUCUAAUUAUCAACGAUCCAACAUCAUUCAGUUCAAACACUAAUCAUUUAGAUACAACAAAUAUUCGUAAUUCUCAUUUGAAUAGUAUCAUUAUUCAAACUAAAAGUUUAAAUGAAUUAUCGAAAAUUCUAAGAAACGUGACAUUUUAUAAUCCAAGAUUACAAUAUAAACCACGAUAUCGACCGGAACCAGUGGCCAUACAAUUAAAUACUUUGUUUACCUAUGCAACAGAUUGUGAAAUACCCUCAACAUUUAAUCAAGUAAUUCUAAUUAGUCCAUUACCUCCAACUGAACAAACGUUGAUUUCACUUGAUACAUGGAACUCAAAUAUUCGUACGGAUCGAUAUCUUCAUAAACGGUGCCAUGGUCAUCAUAAUCAACCAAGUCACGAUUAUCAACAAUCUAAUGUUCAUCAACCAGCUUCUAUUCAUCGAAACAAAUCGAUACAUCAGUCAUUUGAUGAAAUAUCAACAUCAUUACCAGUCAAUUCACUUGUACUGUUUAAUGCAGAACAAUAUGAACAUGUGAACAAGACAUUCACAUCGAGAAAUCUCACAAAAAACAGUUUAUCUACUGGAGUCUAUAUAUUUCCAUACAUAACAAUCAUGUGGAAAACCCCAUCAGAAGUGUUGAAUUUGCAUAGUACAUCUUCGGAAUUUCAGCAAACAAUUUCAUCAUGUACAAUUGAUUUAUGCAAAGGCGAUCAAUUCAAUGGUGUAGAUAAUAUUUUAUCUAUUUCAGAAUAUAUCAUUUUAAAUCCUGAAUAUAUCAAAAAUGAUAUAAAAGUAUUUCAACGUUCAAAUGGAUUCCUUAUUCAUGGUAGUUCAGGUGUGUUAAGUUAUAUGAAUGCUUUGAAACAUGUUCAAUGGUUAUGUAAAGAUGAACAAAAUAACAUAAGUAGACGAUGUUUUAAUGUAUCAUGUGAAGCUAUGCUUCAAGUCUCUGAAAAGGAUCCAUUCAUGAUGAGAAAAGUGAAUAGCAAUGCCAUACAAUCUGAAUUUUAUAUUUAUCACGGAAAAUCAUCACAGCCGUCAGUUACUCCAUCAAAUGUACAACAGCAUUCAACAAGAUUAUCUUUGAGAGGAAAACCUCGUCUGGUAAAUAAAAGGGAUAUAAAUAGUCUUCAGCCAGCUAUGCAUUUACAAAAUAAAACAAACACUUGGAGUACGGGUAUUUUGCUACUUAUCAGCUCUUCUGUUUUGGCAGUUCUACUAAUACUGUUUGUUGCUAUCAAACGAAUUCACCGUGUUCAUUUAAAAUCUAAUCAUUUUGAAUCACAAACUCAAAAUCUUCAAAUGACACCAUUUGAUAUCAAUGCAUUAAAACAACAAAUGAAUGAAUAUCAGGAUGGAAGAAAGUCAGAAACUAGUGCUGAAAAAUUAAGAAAUUCAAGAUCGAACGACUGCAACUCUCAAACGAUGAUAAAUCAUCAUCAACAACAUGAGAAUGAACAAAAACACCAACCAUUACGAAUUACCCCGAAUCCAUUUGUCAAUCAAUCCGAUAUGAAAGAAUACGAAGCAAAAACUAUUUUGUUGGAUGAAAAACGUUAUGAUGCCACUUUGAAUAUGUCAUCAUCAAUAUAUAAUAAUAACAAUAAUGGUAAUCUUAAAAGUAGAUCACCAAUUGUAUGUAGUCCAACAAUUCAAUUCUAUGAAAAUCCAUUAAGAUCUGAUGAAGAGGAUGAUGAUGAUUUUCAAUGUUCAUGCAAUGAAAAUGAUCUUGAUGAUCUUGAUGUAAAUUCAAAAGAAUUACAAUUAAGAAAAUGAAUAGAAUCUCAAUUCAUUCAAAGAAGAACUAAUACAAGACAACAGUUCAAUACAAACAAACAAACAAACAAAAAUAACCCAGUUCGGAUACCUGAAUUUCCUUACAUCACUCAUUUAUUUCUGAUAUUUCUAAUCAUUAUUAGCUAUACUUUAUUCUAUAGUAACGGCAUUUAGUUUAGGCUAAUCUUUCAUUCAUUCAUAUGUUUACUUAUUAUUCAUUUCAUUGUGAUUAAGUUAUUUAUCAAAUUUCUUUUAAAAAUAUUCUGGAAUGUUCUUUGAUCGGUGAUCUUUUUUGUCGUAGAAAUUCUCUUCCAUCAUUUGUUAUUUGAACUUUAUACUCCCUUCACUUGUAUUAUUCACUUACUACACUUUCUUUGCACUAUUUUCAAUGUUCAGUAAUCAUAGUCAUAUAUGAUCAAUUUUAAAAAGUACACUUGGAUGGCAUUUACUUGUUAUUUUGCUGGGAGGGGGGUCGAUGUAAUUUUUAAUUAGUAAUAUUUAUUUCAAUCAUAAUUUCAUUCAUAAACUUAGUUACUCGAGUUACUUAGUAUUUGUUUUACUAUUCUAUACAUUUUCAUCAUAUCAUCAAAUAGAUAUAUAUAUACAUAUUGUUAUA